AAGCAGAGAAGCUUGGAAGCAGAGUGAGUCAGCUAUGGCUACGCAAGGGUUCCUCCUGGUCGGCCUCCUCCUCGUCGCCGCCUCGUUGGCUCAAACUCAGGCUGCGGCGGCCGAGUUGAACCGCCACAGCUUCCCCAAAGGUUUCGUCUUCGGCGCAUCCUCCGCUGCCUAUCAAUACGAGGGUGGAGCUGACUCAAGGGGCGAAGUUAAUUGGGAUCGGUUCAUUCGCGAAUUCCCAGAUAAGAUAGUAGAUGGUAGUAAUGCAUCCAUAGCUGACGAUUUCUACAAUCGUUACAAGGAAGACGUGAAAGUAAUGAAGGAAAUAGGUUUGGAUGUUUUCAGAUUCUCCAUCUCGUGGGCCAGAAUAUUGCCUCAUGGGAGGUUGAGCAAAGGAGUGAACAAAGUGGGAAUCGCAUUCUACAACAGUCUCAUCAACGAGCUUCUAGCACAUGGCAUUAAGCCAGUUGCCACGCUCUAUCACUUUGAUCUUCCCCAAGCCUUAGAAGAUGAAUAUGGCGGUCUUUUAAGCACUAAAUUUCAGCAAGAUUUUCAAGACUUCGCAGAUCUUUGUUUCCACUUAUAUGGUGAUAGGGUCAAGCAAUGGAUCACUUUUAAUGAGCCCUAUGUUUUUAUUUUUCUUGGUUAUGACUUGGGCAAUAUGCCACCUGGCCGAUGCUCAGCAUGGAUGAACAACAGCUGCCCCGGCGGUGAUUCAGCCACAGAGCCUUAUAUAGCUGGCCACAAUGUGCUUCUUGCCCAUGCAAAAGCCGUAAGACUAUACCAGAGGAAGUACCAAGUGUCUCAAAAGGGUGAAAUAGGAAUAACCUUAAAUGUUCCCUGGAUGUACCCCGAUUCCAACUCAACAGAAGAUGAAAAAGCAGCCAAGAGAGCUCUUGACUUUAUGUAUGGAUGGUUCAUUCAUCCAGUUGUUUAUGGUAGCUAUCCACGAUCAAUGAGAUCGCUUGUGAGAAGGAGAUUGCCAAAAUUCACUGCUAACGAGACAUUGUUAGUUAGAGGGUCUUAUGAUUUUAUUGGGCUAAAUUACUAUACUGCAUACUUUGUGAACCAUGUGCCCUUCAGUAAUAAACCUCCUCAUCCUAGCUUUACAACAGAUUCUUACUCCACAUUUUCAAGCGAGAGCAGCAACGGAAAGCCUGUUGGUUUACAGGUUGGAACUUCUUAUUCCGUUCCAGAUGGGCUAGAAAGGAUACUGGUUUACACCAAGGAUCAAUACAAAAAUCCAGAACUGUAUAUUACAGAGAAUGGCAUGGCAUAUUACAACAAUCAAACAGUUGCCGAAAGCAUCAAGGAUCCAGACAGGAUUGAGUUCUACCAUGCCCAUCUCUCGGCCAUUGAAGCAGCUAUCAAGCAAGGUGUUGACCUCAAGGGUUUCAUGGCGUGGUCUUGGCUAGACACAUUCGAGUGGAAUUCAGGUUACACUGUUGGAUAUGGUCUCAACUAUGUAGAUUUUAAAGAUAAUCUAAAAAGAUACCCUAAAAAUUCAGCUUUUUGGUAUAAGAAAUUCUUGGCUCCUUGAGUAUAAGUUUUAAGGGUUUGAAGAAAAAGGUGGUUGUGUAAUCCGUUUUAUCAAUAAGUUGGGGAUGAGCUCUUGGGAGCCCUCAUUGUCUGUCAAGUUAGAACUAAUAAAUUACACGAUCGAGUGUUUGAUCAUUUGAUGUCGCUAUUGGAUUAUUGAGUCUUCGACUCGGUGUGUCUUUAAAAUAUUUUUAAUAAAUUAAUUUGUAUGAUUAUUUUCAUA